UUUGAUCAUAUGGCCAAUCAAGAUAUUGAUAAAAAAAAUUUAAAACAAUGCUUACAAUUAUUGAUUACUGUUGUUUCAAAUACAAUCAAUAUACUUGAACGACAAACAAAUCAAUCAAAUGAAAAACAUAUAUUAAAUAAUCUUCAAAUAACAAUAAUAAAUCUAUUAGAUUGUAAUCUUUCAUCUUUAUCUUCUCAAUGUCGAAAUUAUCUUUUCAAUAUAUUAAAUCAAUAUAAUUAUAAUAUUGAAGAAAAAAUAUUUACAAUUGAAUUUACAAAAGAAAUAUUACAACCAUUUGUACAUAAUCUUCAAGGUAGAUUAUCUUUACUUGAUGCUUGUCAAGCAGCAUGGAAUGGAGAUCUAUCAUUUAUAGAAGAUUUUAUUAGAAAAUAUCCAACAUUAAUAAAUAAAUGUGGUCUUUAUGGAACAACACUUUUAUAUUCUGCAGCAAGAAAUAAUCAUUUUGAUUUAGUUAAAUAUCUUAUUGAAACAAGUAACUGUUCAGUUAAUGUAAAAAAUGAAGAUUAUUCUGAAAAAAGUGAAGAAUCAAAAUUAAAAGCAUCUACAGGUUCAACGCCAUUACAUGUUGCUUGUUUUUAUGGACAUUUACAAAUUGUAAAAUAUUUAAUAGAAAAUGGAGCUGAUUAUUUUAUAUUAAAUAAUAUAGAUGAAACUCCAAUUCAAAAUGGACAAUUCAAUAAAAAUAUUCACAAAUUUUUUGAUGAUUUUCUUUUAUUUGGUUAUUCAAAAAAAUUAGAUAAACUACCAAAUAAAACAAUUCUUGAAGAAAUUAAACAAAAUAUAGAAGUUAUCGAUUGUAUUUGGGAAUAUAAACCAUUUUCUCAAGAUCAAUGGUUAUCAAUUUCAUCAGAACUAUCAGUACAACUUCAACAAUCUUUAAUUAUUAAGUCUGAUGAAACAUUUAAAACUGAAAUCGUUUUAAAAACAUCAAAAGAUAUUUAUCAUGUAUCAAUUUCACAAUUCUUAUAUUUCAUGAUAAAUGAUAAUCAAGCAGAAAAUUUCACUUGGAUUCGUUGUCGAGGUUCAUCUCUACUCAAUUUUCAUUGUUACUCACAAUGGCAAAUUAUGUUUAUUAAACAUCCAAUAGGUAUAACAAAUAAUUCAACAUCAAUAGAAAUAUUUGAUAUGACAAAAAAUAAAAUACAACUUAAUUCAUGGUAUAAUGCUAAUAUAAAAAUUAAUUUUUUAUUGGAAAGAGCAAUGAAUUAUCGACAAAAAUAUAUAACUAUCAAUUUAAAUUUUAUUAACAAUGAAAAAAUUAUAUUUGAUCUUGAAAAUUUUACAUUUACUAAUCAACAAAAUACAAUUCAAGGUUUUUUAAGAUGGAUACCAAAAAUAAUACUCAAUAAUAAUAAAUUAACACUUGUUGAUAAUUUUCAAUUACCUACUGAUUUAGAUUUAAUAUUACUUACUGUAUCGUAUUUAAAUCAAAUGAAACUUAAUGAAACUGUUUCAAAAGAUGAAAUGAAUCAAUAUGACUUGAAAUAUGAAAGUAGUUUUGACACAAAAAUUGUGAAUUCUCAAGAUCAGCAAUCAAUACGUGAAAAGAAAUCGAAGAUUUCAGUAAAUAUUAUUCAAGAUAAUAUCAUAAAUGAACAAAGUGAUGUUAUUGUAAUAUGUUCUUUAUCAAAAAAUUUAGUUGAAACUGUUCUUGUAGCAGGUGGAGAUUCUCUACGAAAAUUAUUUAAAAUGAAAAUAAAAGAAAUUCAUAAAAGUUGUAUUAAAAAAGCAAUAAAUGAAAAUUAUAAAAGUAUUGCAUUUCCAGCUAUUGGUUGUGGUGAAUAUGGAUGUUCAAUUCAACUUAUUGCUGAAACAUUUAUUGAAGAAAUUCAUGAACAGUUAAUUGAAUAUUCGAUGAAAAUUUUAUUUAUAAUUCAACCAAAUAGAAUAGAUAUUUAUAAUGAAUUUCAAAAACAACUUAAUAUAUUUCAAUCACAACAAACUUCAACAUCACAAUCAAUCUCAAUAAUGAUUGGAGAAGGAAAAAUUGAAAUUGAACAAGGAGAUAUUAUAGAACAAAAUGUCGAUGUUAUUAUAGGAAGUUCAUCAUCAGAAAAUUUAAGACAAGCUUUAAUAAAAGCUGCAGGAUAUGAAGUUGAACAUGCUUAUAAUCAAGCAUAUGAAGAUAAUUCAAAUUCAUUAAUUAUUUCAACUCCAUCAGGUCAAUUACCUUGUAAAGAAAUUUUUUUUAUCAAAUGGAAACCAAAUAAAGAUCCUGAGAUUCUUCGACAAUCAAUAAUUGAUCUCAUAUCGAACGUUAUGCAAAAUGUUAUAUCAUGUAAUUAUACUUCAAUUGCAUUUCCAGCUAUUGGAUGUGGAAAACAUGCUUGUUCUGUUGAUAUUGUUGUUAAAACAAUGAUUAGAGAAGUAAAAAAACAAAUACAAACAAGAAAAUUAUCAUGUUUAGUUAAAUUUAUUAUUGAAUCUAAUCAACAAAAUAUUUAUGAUGAAUUUUGUAAACAACUUUUUUCAUCAAAUUUUCAUACAUCAAUGGAAUUUCAUUUACCUGCAACAUGGCAAAUAUCAAAAGAAAAUAAAAUAAGACUUAUUGUAUCUAAAGAUACUGAUGAAUAUAAAUCUGUUUUUAACCGAUUCGAUGAAGCCAUGAAAAAACAAUAUAAAAAAAUUAUAAAAAUUGAACGAAUUCAAAAUGAACGAUGGUUUAUGCAAUAUA